GCUCUCGUCGCUGAGCUCCCUCACAAGUACUCUCAGCAAGCACACACACAUUCUACGCUCGCUGCACCAGCGAGCUCAAGACCCCCCUCCACCGCAUAAUCCGUUGUCCGAAUCACCAUGACAAGCGGCGGAAGCACCGACAGCGUCAAGGCGCUUAUGCCCAUCUUCUUCAUCGUCGCGAUCUUCCUCUCCGCCGCGCUUCUAUGGUGCCUCGCGUCGACCUGCAUGGGCCCAACCAUCAUCGAGUUUUUCGGUGACCUCUGGGAGCAUGCCGUCCUCAGCGCGAAGGAGUUCACCGGGCUCUCAAGACCAACGCGACUGGACGAUGAGGAAGAUCUGCUCGAGAUGGGCUCGGGCUACCACCGGAUCGGGCGGAGUCCCUUCCAUUAACCUUUCUGUCGAAACAAAGUGCUGCCAAAUAACACCUUCCCGGUGCGCACCCGCCCGACAGCGAAGCUCGUCAUACUGCCCGAUCUGGACCUCCGCUGUUUGCGCACGCAUUCCACUAUA